AUGCCCAAGAACCGAAAGCUCCCAAAGUUUCACAAAGAGAGCCAGGCGAAAUCGUGGAAAGCCGCCUUGUCUCACUUGUCCCUUCUUCACUCUCAGGGCUGCCACAAAGUCCUUGCAUGCACCGCUGCUUUGAGCAAAUGCAGCGGCUAUCACUGGAGACAUGCCGUCUGCCUCUUAUCAAAUCUUGCCCCAUUGGCUGUGGAGGGCAACACCAUUACAUACAACGCGGCCACCAGUGCAUGCCACCGGGGCCGACGCUGGCAAUCAGCGCUGCGGCUGCAACGCGACCGAGCGCAGCGCGGAAUCGAAGCAGACAUCUUUUCUCACAACUCCGUUGUCAGCGCAUCCGAAGCAUAUUCGCAGUGGCAGGGUGCCACCCUGCAGCUUGCAAGCAUGAAGCACGGAGCUCCAGUACCAGACAGCAUCACCUUCAACUCAGCGAUCACAGCCCUUGAGAAAGGUACUCGGUGGCAUGCUGCCCUGCUUCAAUUGGCGAGAAUGCCGUCGUUCACCUGCCGUCCCAACGUUGUGACAUUCAGUGCGGCCGUCAGCAGCUCAACGAAAGGGGAGACCUGGCACGGGGCCUGGCAACUCAUGCAGCAGAUGAGGGAAAGCCAGCUGCGACUUUCGAUCGUCAGCUGUGGUGCUGCCAUCACUGGUUGUGAGAAGGCUGGAUCUUGGCCUGCAGCUCUUGGGCUCAUUUUCCACAUGAACUUCAGCCACGUCUCCUUGAACGUCAUCACUCUGAGCGCAAGCAUCAGCGCCUGCCAGAAGAGUGCUCGCUGGCAAUGGGCCGCAGAGCUUUUGAGAAGUACCCAAACCACAGCUCUGCAGGCUGACCUGCCCAUGAACAACGCGUUGAUCUUUGCAUCUGCCAGGGCUAGCAGCUGGCUCCAAGUCCUGAGCCGGCUGGACUCAUCCCAGGGCCUACCUCUGCAGCCUAAUGUUGCAACGUACAACUCAGUCCUCGCCGCCUUUGAAAGUGGAGGCUGGCUGGAGGCCUCCUCCAUCCUCGCACGCAUGAAGAGUCAGGCUCUCAAGGAAGAUGCGAUAACGUACACCUCCAUAUCAAACGUUUUGGAGAAGGUUCUUCAGUGGCGGCAGUCGGUGCACAGGCUCUUCAUGCUCCGCGCCACUCCUUGCGCCCAAGAGAUGCUCAGCGCGCUGUUCCUGAAUUCCGUGAUUAGCGUUUGCGCCCGUGCAGAGAAGUGGCGGGCGGUCACAAGAAUGCUUGGCCACAUGCAGCUCGAAGACUUGGAGCCGGACCUAGUGACGUGCAACUCGGCGAUGACGGCCUUUGAGAACGGCCGCUUUCAGAAGGCCAUGGAGGUCUUUCAGAAGGCAGUUUCGUGGAGCUUGAAGCCUAAUGAGAUAACCUGCAAUGCCCUACUGACAUCAUGUUCCACUGGGAACUCCUGGACGACCGCGAUGGAGCUUUAUUCAUGGAUGAAGGCUUCGGCCGUUGAGACAAACAUCAUCUCACAUGACAUGGCGCUGUUGUCCUGCUGUGCGGGUGGCCAGACCAAGCUUGCCAUCAAUGUGCUACACUCAGUGCAGCAGCAGUACUCCUCCGUCCUGACCGUUCUGAAUACGAAGCCUUUGUGA